CCAAUAGAGUUUCGUUUAAGCUUUAUGGAAUUAUGGAAAAAUCUUCAAUCCAAGAUGGAUGACUUGACUUGUUGUUGACUUGCUUCUUGUUGAAGAAUCAAACGUUGUCAAUAAUAUAUUAAAAUAUUUCUAAGUUUUGGUUGUGUUUAAGUGUUUCAUCCGUAGGUAUGUCCGUCACGUUAUUCAGAUUUGUUGUAAAUACAUUGAGACAGAAUUUGCCGAGACAUCCCAUUAGAUCAGCAUUUCAAGUGCGGUCAGCAUCAGCCAUGGACAUGGCAGCCGUAGAGAAUAAGGAGCCAGAAGAAAGCCCUAAAGAACCUCAAGAAAUAGUUCUGAAUAAAAAUAUGACUAGAUUCAAAAAGCGUUAUAUGAAGCGACACUGGCAAACAGAUACAAACCCUGAUGAAAAUGGUGAAUCAAAACAAAGGAAGCUUUGUGACAAACCUGUGGAAAGAAUUAAGAGGAAGAAAAUGGCUCUGCUUUUAGGAUACUGCGGUGUUGAUUAUUAUGGCAUGCAACGUAACCCAGGAGUGAGAACAAUUGAGGAGGACUUACUAAGAGCGUUAAUGGAGGCAAAGUAUAUAACGGAAGAUGACUUUAAUAACCAGCAGAAUGCUCAAUUUCAACGGAGUUCUCGGACGGACAAGGGCGUGUCUGCUGCCAGACAGGUUGUGUCACUUAAGCUGCCUCUUGAAGUGGAUGUUGCUGAAAUAAACAAAAGACUGCCUGACUGCAUCAAAGUGUUUGGUGUAAAGAGAGUAACAAAUAGGUUCAACUCAAAAUCAAAGUGCAACGCUAGAACAUAUAGCUAUACCCUUCCCACUUAUGUGAUGGAACCUAGUCUAGUCAGUGAGGAAGAGAGAAAGAAGUAUAGGAUCACAGAAGAAAAACAAGAGCAAGUAAAGAAGAUUCUAGAAGUUUAUAAAGGGACAAAGAGUUAUCAUAACUUUACGGAAAAGAAACAUUACCAAGAUCCAUCGGCAUUAAGAUUCAUAAUGGGCUUCACAUUAGACAGAGUAUUCAUUGAUUCAGACAUGGAAUUUGCUGUACUGCUAGUCAAGGGUCAAAGUUUCAUGCUUCAUCAAAUACGCAAGAUGGUGGGCUUGGCGAUAGCUGUCCUGCGUGGUCACACUGACCAUUCCAUACUCGAGAAGGUGUUUGGCAAGGACAAAGUCAUGAUACCCACUGCGCCUGGAUUGGGCCUUGUACUUGAUACAGUCCACUAUGACAGAUAUGACGCGAAAUUCAAGGAUAGCCAUGACAGUUUGACUUGGUCAGCCGAAGAGGAAGAAAUUCACAAGUUCAAACAUGAGCACAUAUAUCCCGUGAUAGUUAAGGGCGAGGUUGAAGGCCAGUCUAUGGCAACUUGGCUUGAGAAACUCAGUAAGCACUCAUAUGAGCCAUCGGAAGAAAAUCUGGAAAAAGGUGAUGAAAAAGAGUUGGCAGGUGAUGAUGACGAUGAUGCAGACCUUGAUGAUGAUUGUGAUGAUGAUAAAAAUGUUAGCAAAGAUUGCGACACUCCGGAAGUUAAAGCUGGUGAAAACAAAAUUGAAGAGUUGAAUGACGAGGGUAAGAUUGACGAGAGUGCGAAUAAGAAAACUGAUCAGUAAUUUUACUUCGACACUACAUUAUAUUAGCAUAUUCAAAUGUGAAAAAGAACACUACGUCUACUCUUGUUAGUUGCUUCCUUAAAAAUUUCAAUCCUAAAUAACUUCUGUAAGUUGUAAGAAGUUACUACAAGCGACAAGGGGAUUUUAAUUUGUAAAUUUAUUGUUUAAUGUGUUAUUUAGCUACUUACGUGAGCAAAACUUUAAAUUUAAGAGGCUGCCUCAAUCGUUUCUCGCUGUUCAGCAGACAGUACAUUUUAUAAAAAUAAAUAGACUCUGUUUUGAAUAUGCUAGUAUAGUAAACGUGCACAUGGAUAAAUAUCCAUUUCUACUCUUUUAUAUUAUAUGAUAAGAAAAAUAAACUAUAUCGAUAGAUUUUGUCAUAAUUGUAGAACUAAGUAGAACUUAGAUAUUUAUAUUCUUUGUCUUUGAUAAAUAAUAAUGUAACAUGAAUCAAAAUAGCCAAAAUGGCAUUAAAAAUAAAUGGCAGAGCCAUACAUCAUACAAAUAUGAA